AUUCGUGAGGGUCAUAUGCCUAAACCGAACGUGCUAGCGCGAAUUUUGAAAAUAGUUUUCAUUAUCAUUCAAAAAUCGAUAUGCUUAAGCUAUAUGCGUAUAUAUGCGUACCGUGUGCUGACUGCGACUAUUGCCCUCGACUCGACCAAUAAAUCGUACAUAGAAAGCAGGCACAACUGCAUUGCAGCAGAGCACCAGCCCCAGCACCAGCUCAAGCGUGUGUAUCGGUAGACUCGCUUUGCGUCGAAAAGAAAGUUUUCGCUAAAUAUACAAGCAUCAACAAACAAAAAUAAAAACGUGCAACUUUUGUUUUAUUUUGCUUGGCAUUUUCAUCGCCACGCUCUAGACUCGCUCGCACAUCACACAGUUUUCCGAUUUGGUAGUGCCCGCGAAUACCGUAUGCCGUAUGGGAAAUCUGAAUCACAGCAGCAAACGGCCGAUCUGCGUUUCGAUCUUUCGUUUGUCUCUUUGCAUUUUGCUAAGCCUUCUUUUCCAUAGCAACUGUCGGUCAUUGCAGCAGCUAAGAGUGGAAAAGUGAAAAACUGAAAUACGGAAAAACCGUUUGCUAAAAGCAAAAGAGAAAAACUAAGUGUUGUAAUCUGUGAACGUGUGUGUGAACUAUGCAUCGCCGCUGUGGGUAAAGCCACAAACGAAAGCUCAAAUAACAGGGGAAUCAACUGCAUCUACUGCAACUGCAACAAUACAAACACAUCCAAAUAAAGUGCAGCCACAGCCACAGCAGAAACAAAGCCCACAGUCAAGAAAAUUGUAACACAAGGCUCGAUACAAAAACAAAAAAUCUAAAUUGAAAGAUUGCUACACUGCCUUCUUAGUUAUUUACCAAUUGUAUGCAACUGAAACAGCUUUUUCUCAACUGCAACUGUUGCUGUUGUUGCUGUUGCUGCUGCUGGUGCUGCUCCCCGUUCUGGCCGUGCUGCCCGUCGAGACCGUGCACCAUGCACCGUGUUCGGUUUGAGCUUGUCUAUUGAUAUUUUAAGUUCUGUGAACUAACCUCAAAACGCAACAGCACCAACCACAUCAAGAAAAUUUACAGUUACAGUUACAACGACGACGCGCAAUACCUGCAACAUGGAGUUUUCAACAUAUCGAAUAAGUUUUCUGUGGCUGCUGGGAUUAUGUCUGCUGCUAUUCAAAACAGGAUGCACAGAAGCGCAAGGCAAACGCGCCUCACGUAUCACCAGCUCCCGCAGCUUUGGCACCAACGUCAAGUCCACAAGCUCCAAUGGCCUUAGCUUCGACUGCCCCGAGGAGUUCGGCUAUUACCCGCACCCCACGGACUGCACACAGUACUACGUGUGUGUGUUCGGUGGGGCACUUCUUGAGAGCUGCACCGGCGGCCUGAUGUACUCGCACGAGCUGCAGACCUGUGACUGGCCACGAAACGUAGGCUGCGAGUUGGUGGACACUUCCACGGAGCGCGGCCCCGCACGUAGCCAGAGCCAGACGCAGCAACAUCAUCAGCAGCAUGUGCCUAGCCGUGUGCGCUUUGGGUCUGCUUUUGGCAGUUCGGGUGGUGCCCCAAAGGCGCCCACAGUGGCUCCGCAGUACCACCGCUCUCCGCCACAGGUCAUACAGGCUCAGGUACAGCAUAUUCCGCCGCCGCCCCCAGAGCUACGCGUCCCACCCAAUCCGGUGGUCACAUCGCGGGGUCAGCCGAAGCCAUUGCUGGACGCGCAGGAGGACAUAGCGAAGCUGUACGCUGAGGCGCAGGAAACACUGCCGCCCGUGGAGGAGGAGGAGUCCGAUCGCCAGCAGCGGGUGUACCGCGGCCAGCCAAGUACCGUUAGCCAGGUUCAGCGGGAUCGCGAUGGUAUCAUACAUCAGGCCAGCAUUAAUGCCAUACCCCAGAGCGGGAAGCUUGGAUCGUACGCCUUCGGAACAGCCUACAGCGAAAGCUUGGACGACGAACAGACGCUCGAAUACGAACUGUCACAGAACCGACUCGAGGCACUCGAUGUGGACAGGCGACCACGCAAACGACGUGACCUCACGGUGCAGACUACGCCAGUUGCGGACACAGAAACGCAGACGCCAACAGAACCAGAACCAAAACCAGAACCCAAUGUGCAAGCAGAAGUGCCCAACGAUUCGAAUACGUCGAGUGAAGUUAUGGAACCUGAAAGCCCCAGUCCCAGCGCCAAACCUAGCUCGCUCCUUGGCAAUAGUGAAUCUUCCAAUAGCUCCAAUAACUCACAAGAGCACUACGACAAGGCGGCUCCAGCUGUAUCUAAGCCACAAAAAUACUCCUCGAAGAUCAGUCAGCCACGAGAAAAGAGUGGAAGUGCAGUAAUUGAAUUCGACUACGUUAAUACGGGUGCAGAUGGUGAAAAAGGUGAUGACGGGUACGGGGACGACAGCCCAGAGGAUGCGGCAACAGGGGAAUCGAAAAGACGCCCACGUCAACUUCGCCCCGUGACGCACACUUCUACCAAGUGGACGGGCCCGAACUAUCGUGCCAUUGACGCGCCUCCUCCACCCCACCAAGGAUACCAGCAGCACCAAACUGGCCAGAGCUACAGCUUCGGUAGCUUCAACCCAUAUCUUACGCCUCCGGCCAACCCCGGCCACACUCAGCAGCCGUUCGGCAGUCACAACUACAACCAAAUAAGCCCCGGCUAUCCGGCUCAGGCCUAUCUUCACCAGCAACAGCAGAUUUCAGCCCCGAACCAACAAAAGCCCAAGGUCGUCUACACCGGCUACAAUCUUUCGCUGCCUCCUCCCCCGUUGGAGGACGACUUUCGUCCAAUAGCGGGAAACUACUUCAGAUCGCCAAAUGGGGUACCGAGCAGCCCACGAACACCACUACCCGCGCAAAACCUCCAACAGCAGCAGCAGCAGCACUCCAGCCCCGGAAAUCUACUACCGUAUUUAAUACAACAGCUGAAGGAAUUAAAGGAACGACGCAAGCAUCUACAAGCAGAAAACUUUGCCUAUUUUCAUCUGGAGAACCAACCAAUAACACCUGGUCCCUCUCCCGGCUCCACACCCCCCACACCCGCAGCCCAAACGCCAUUCGCGUACUACUCCCACUCUCAGGUUUCGUCAGGUGACUCGUCCAAGCCCACCCAACAGGUGACACCGAACGGACAGUUCAGUACCAUGGGAGGCUUUUACAAUAAUCAGAGUCCGGACCAAGCACCGUACACCGCGAACUAUGCAGGAAAACUGGUCUCGCAGUAUAGCAUAGGCAGCACCACCACGGAGAGCAACUAUUUUCAGUACAAUGUUAUAGCUAAUCAGAAGAUGAAAGGGGUCUACAGCACGGCCAAGCCAAACCAAAUAGGACAUGCUGCGGUCAAGGUGCGCCCCCCUGUCACCCCGCUGCAGGUCACACAGAGCAUAAACAUUGUCUCGGCGCCCAACCUGGCCUACAGCCAGCCCGCACCAGGUCUGCAACAGGUGCCUUUCCGCGACUUUUCGCACCUACCCGUAGGCAUAAGCUACGCGGGAAACAGCACAGUGCCGGAAUCAUAUCAGACUUUUACAAAGUCGAUCACUUCAGAGGCUCCGCCAACGCCUACUUCGCCAACGACUGCCAACAACAAGCCCAAACUGUCAAAUUUUCAAUUCAACAUCCAUGAAUUCAUGGCUAACCUAAAGUCCAGCGACCUGGCAAGCGUAAACCCGGCCAUAAACCCGCUGAUGAAGUAUUUCAAGCAGGUGAGCAGCGAUGGAAAUGGCAAUCUGCGCAAUGCCGUGGUCCUUCGUCGCCCAGUCCCCCCCUCCUCGAGCAGCAAUACCGGCACGACCACCACUUUGAGUACAUCUACACCAAAAACACGACUAAGACCAAAUCCCACCAUUUCUACGCCUACAAUACCAACCACUACGAGACCUCUCAAGGGCUACGAGAGCUUCAUCAAGGGGAUACAAAACCAAAUCAACAAGCAGACCUCGACACACAGUGCAUCCCUGCACACAACAACAACUACUCCAACGCCGCGAAUAAGACCCACCAUUAGGACUAGCAGCAGCACAACGACUCUUGAAAGCGUCGACUACUAUGACGAGGACUACGAGGAAGAUGAGGAUAUACUGCCACCGUCCCACAUGCCGCCGUACAUGCCAAUGUCCGAGACAAUGGCCCCACCACGCCCGCAACUGGUGUCCACCACUGCGCCUGUCACCGAGUCGCCUGGAAAAAUACGUGGCAGCUUUCAGACGGGCUUCCUGGAAGCCACAACGACACGGCGUCCAUUCCCCAACUUUGUGCAGCUGAACAGCAGGCCCAGUAAUGAGACUGGUGCAGGUGCUGGAGGAGUACCGUCAUUCAUCAACUUUCCCAGCGACAUAUUCCAGGAACUAAAGCAACGUCUACCACAGUUGCCAGAAUCGACCACACCUACGCCAGGUGCACCCACUCCGCGGAGCACGCGUCCCAGCUCCACGCCAGCAUCAACAUCCACACGGGUGCGUUACACAACCCGGCCCCGCACUAGGGGCCAACAAAAGUGGAUGACGAUGGCUCCCCCCGCAUCAGCUACAGCUGCAGCUAAGGGAGUCGAGAACAACACCGAACGGGCGAAAAAUGAAAGUAGUUCAGCCUCCGGUUACUACUUCGGCAAGCAAAGCCACAGCAGCAUAGGUGGCCUCCAGUUGAACUCUAUUCACGCCGGCGGCUCAGGCUCAGGCGCGGACAGAAACAGGGACAUUGAGUAUCAACAACAACAGCAAGACCAUCAGGAGCAGCAGCAGCAGCAGCAGCAGCAGCCGCAGCAACAGCAGCAAUAUCAACAACCAGCAGUACGCCACCAGCAGACGCAAUCAACCUACCGCCCAUUGGAGCUAUCGGCCACACCGACUCCUCCACAGAAGCCGCAAUACAGCAACCAACCGACGUUGACCUACAGCACGGACUACGAUGAAGAUAUUAAUGCACAGAUCGAGCAAGACAACGUGUACGAUCAGCCAACUCGUUCGCCCCAAAGGCCGGAGCAGGUGGCCAUCCAAAGACUGGAUGCGCGGCCAACAUCCACGAUGACACCCCCCACACGUCCCGAUGUACGUCACUACUAUGACACUCUUACCACGCCCAAUUCGGGCAUCGGGGAAUCCGAUUACAGCUACUCUAGCUCUGGAGAGUACGCGUACAACAGUUCGCCAGGGGACUAUGAUCAGAGCGAGCACACUUUGAUGCAGGUUGUUACGGAUGCAGGCAGAGAUACGAGAGGUGAUUACGAUUUGAUCGCAAAUUUCGUGGGUCACACCCAAAGGAAGACAACAAAGCCACCCUCCAUAAGCGGCCAGAACACUCAAGCCACUCCAGCAAUAAGUGGGAGUACAACCAAGGGUUUCACCACACAAACUGUAAGGGCUAAAAAGCCCACAACAACAUCAACAACAACAACCAGCACAAGAAAAACAACAUCAACUACAACACCACCACCACCAACGACAACAACAACAACAACGAAACCCCAAAGCUCGAAAGCGCAUGCAAAUAAAAUCUAUAUACAACAUGCUAUAAACAUGUCAAAGACAACCACAAACACUACACAGCCACCAACGACCAGCACAACAACACCCCCAAUAUACCAUCCUUCGACAUAUAGUUCCAAUCCCUUUCUCAAAUCGAAGCUCCAAAGCCUAGCCAAGUCGCUGGUCAGCUUUGUUGCCAACAGCCACACUCAAGGCAAAUCGACUAAUUAUCAUCCAGCUAAGAUUCAGAGCCAGACCCACUCCCAACUCCAACUCCAAAGGCAACCUGAAGUCCAAGUCCCAGCCCAAGCACAUCCCUCAGUCACUGAACCCUCAACGACGCAAUGGCCUCUGGUGGAGGACAGUCCCAGCAGUCAACUAGAACAUGCGGAGACCGUCUUCGAUGAGAGUCAGAACGUCCACGUGCAGACGGCCGAGGCACCCAGUAGCCGAUCCUUUGAGACCAGCACGUCGCCCAAGUUUCUGGACUUCAUUAAUGCCGCCGCAUACGGCACAAGUCCGCGCGGUAAUCUGCUGCACUCCGUUCCCGACAAAAAGCCCGUGAAGACAGCCUUCCAUCAGCUGCAAAAAAAAAAUCCAUAUAGUGGCGUGGAAAGAGGGUAUCUAAAUGACCAACGUUCGACGGUGCCACAGCAGCCGAAUAAGCGCAUACAGACCUACAUCUCAUCAGAUGUGGAACCGCAGAGUUUCAGGUCUCCGGCAAGCGAACCCCUCGUGCCAGUUGCAUCGAUUGAGCUAGUGGAUAGCUCAAGCAGCACACCAGGCACCAGGCCUAGUAAAGCGGUUCAAUAUAGUCUACAAAGUGGAUCGCACGGCUUUAGUCUUCGUGCUGAGGAUAUCGGCCACAACGAAGGUCCAGUUGUCUCCGAGACGUUGUCUGAUCGGAAGGAGAGUCAGCCACCAAGCACAAGUACGAGUACAAUUACAAGUACUGGUACAAGUGCAAGUACAAGUACAAGUACUUCUACAACACCAUACAACAGCGAUGUGGAUGUCAUACCCACAACAUAUGCUCCACCACUUCGUAUUUGGCGCAAUGGACGACCCGCCAUUCAGGCAUAUACCAAGGCUACAACCACGACUACAAAAUCCGCUGCAACAGCUCCUUGGUGGACCGAUAGUGUGGAAUCCAGCAGCACUAUAAGAACCACGACUACGCCGAAAGCUCAGGGGACGCCAAGCACCGAGCGGUACAUAUCGCCGGGACAAAGUUUCACGGCCCGCGCAAAUCACUUUAAGGACAGCCUGAACCGCGUAACUGCCAACCCAGCAAUGCGCUUUGUCUCACCAUACAAGAGUCUUGAGAACUUACUGCAGGAGGAGCGACAGCAUCCAAAUACCAUGUUGCGGACGACGGCCAGACCGCGUUACACAAAUUCGCCAGCUUCACCGCCUUUCCUACAGACCACGCAGAAACCGCCAAAGAAUCUCUUUCUUUCGGGGAUGUCGCCUAGAAACACCAGUCAGGAUGUCCUUGCCACAAUGGCGACAGGAAAUGCUCGAAACUUUAGCGUCAGCGACGCCAUUUUGAGCACUUUUAGUCCCCAACGACCGGCACCAAGUAUGCUGCGUAGCACCACCUCCAGCAGCACCACUAGCACCACCGAGACACCUCCUCCACCGCCAACGACAAUAUCGGCGGUAAUCGCCUCAUCGCCUAUUCGAGUCUCCCAGGUUUCGAUGCGUCCUCGCGGCCGCUCUCGCUACACAGUCGCAACUCUUGACAAUUUAUCGGAGAGCGUGGACGAGCCCACGACCUAUGCCCCCAGGUUCAGAUUACCCAGCAGUUACGAGGCCAAUCAGUAUCCAAAACGAAAGCCCCAGCGCGUCCGAAUAGCCGGCAAUCAGCGGCCGUCCUCCGCCGAACCCACGGCAAAGCCUCAUGAAAAAUACGAGUCAUAUAAGGCUGCCUUACAGGCCAAGGAUUCAACUCUUUUUAACUUUCAAAAUGUACAGGGAAAGAAUUUAUCCGCGGAAUCGGUGAAUGACAAGUUACUUAAACGCAAACCAAUUGAGAAUGAGGCUAGCACAUCGGAUGGGCCACGAGCCGAGGCAUUGAUUGGGCAUCAGCUACUAGAAGCCAGGCAGCAAAAUAGCAUAGAGGAAAUGGGAACCGCAUCGGCAUCUAGCUCCACAGAGCACGUGGUAGCCAUAACAGACCGUCCCCCCACUGUGAAGUUCCUCUACUCAAACAAAUAUCGCCAGCAAACGGCAGAACGCACAUUAGCGGAAAGUCUUCAGAAUGCCGGGUACCUAACUACCGGCAAUGGGCGGAUCCAAAAGUUCCGUCCUGUGAGUGUCCUCGAGCAACUGAAGCAGUUCCUCGCCGGCAGCGACAGCAAUAGCAACAGCAACAGCGAUGAGAGUGGCACCUCCCAAUUUGUUGACGAAUAUUCGCACCCAGAAAUAAAGGCAGCCGUCGAUGAAAUCAAGCAGCUUUAUGUACCCACGAGUCGAUCGACUACGAUCACCACUACGACCACGCUUCGUCCUACCACUACGCCUAUUGCGCCUCCCACUACUACCUCCCGUCCUAAUAUCGGAGGUGUUACUGCUCCGUCUAGACCAAUAGCAAGCCAAUCCAAAGCCUAUUCCUCCUAUUCCUCUUCCACUUUUAGCAUCUUGAGCACCGAUCCUCCCACCUCUCCAACAGUCAGAUCCACCCUGAGCACCACUCCCGAUGUUAGUACCACUAGAACUCCCACCAUCCCAACAACAGUUCCUCCAACAACUGCUAGCGCCACUGCCACCGCUACACCCUCUUCCAUGUUUGCUCCGCCAACUGCGCGCGCUUCGAGGGUUAACAAUGUCAUAAGAUCAUCGAUUGCCGCUGCUGCCGCCCAAUCGUCCAGCUCGUCAGGCUCUCUCUCAGGCUCCUCUACCUAUCAGCAGCAGCAAAUGCAACCAGCGGGUGGUAAAGCUAAUAAGUUCCAAUUUGGAUUUGCUUCCAACAAUAAGAACCAGCAACAACACCAACACCAAAACAACAAUCACAACAGCAACAACAAUGCCGCAGCCGCAGCCUCAGUGAAAUGCUCUGAUAGCACAUUGAGCGCCAAAUGCAACGAAAUCCCCUCAAGAAACCACAAUAGAAACCGGGGCGGCGCCAUUUACGCUAAUCAGGAUCGGGACGUUGUCCCUACAGCCAACCGAGGAACACAUCCCCCACGAACACGUCCCACGCUUAAGCCAUCUGGAACUAUUGUCUCAAAGGCUCAAGAAUUUGUAGAUAUAUAUAGAUAUCCACCAACGCGGCCGGACCCCAUAUACCCACAGCCCACACCCGACAAAACUGCUGCCAAGUGCCGCAAAGAUGUGUGCCUCCUUCCAGACUGUUAUUGUGGAGGCCGAGAUAUACCUGGCGGCUUAAAUGUAACGGAGGUACCACAAAUUGUAUUAAUAACGUUUGACGAUGCGAUCAACCCCAUUAACAUUGAUAUCUACAAAGAGCUUUUCAAUAACAAGACACGCAAGAACCCCAAUGGGUGUCCUUGGCGCGCAACCUUUUACCUAUCCCACGAGUGGACAGACUAUGGCAUGGUCCAGGAUAUGUACUCUGAGGGACAUGAAAUGGCCUCGCACACAGUCUCUCACAGCUUUGGCGAGCAAUUCUCGCAGAAAAAGUGGACUCGUGAAAUAGCUGGCCAACGAGAGAUUCUUGCGGCAUAUGGUGGUGUUAAGUUAUCGGAUGUUAGGGGCAUGAGAGCGCCGUUCCUCUCGGUUGGCGGCAACAAAAUGUAUAAAAUGUUGUAUGACUCUAACUUCACCUACGACUCAUCCAUGCCGGUCUAUGAAAACCGACCCCCUUCCUGGCCAUACACUCUGGACUACAAGAUUUUCCACGAUUGCAUGAUUCCACCCUGCCCAACCCGCUCAUACCCAGGUGUGUGGCAAGUGCCUAUGGUCAUGUGGCAGGACUUGAACGGAGGACGUUGUUCGAUGGGCGAUGCCUGCUCAAACCCCAGUGAUGCGGAGGGUGUCACGAAAAUGAUUAUGAAGAACUUUGAGCGGCACUACACCACAAACAGAGCACCUUUCGGACUGUUCUACCAUGCGGCCUGGUUUACGCAGCCCCACCAUAAAGAAGGCUUCAUUAAAUUCCUCGACGCCAUCAAUUCCAUGUCCGAUGUUUGGAUCCUAACCAACUGGCAGGCUUUGCAAUGGGUGCGGGAUCCAACACCCAUAUCCCGCAUUAACUCUUUCCAACCAUUCCAGUGCGAUUAUUCGGACCGGCCGAAGCGCUGCAACAACCCGAAAGUGUGCAAUCUAUGGCAUAAAUCUGGCGUUCGCUACAUGAAGACUUGUCAGCCCUGCCCAGACAUCUACCCUUGGACCGGAAAGUCGGGCAUCCGAUCAUCACGCAUCGAUAAUGAUAAUGUUGAGGAACCGGCGGCGGCGUAAGACAUCGUCUAUCAUCAGUCUCUUCUGCAGAACGCAGAGGAACAAGAUCAUAGGCUAACAGCAGUCUGAAGUAGCAGAAGGAACAAGUAGCGAAGUAGCUAUCUAAGACGCCGAACUGUCGAAGCGACGAUGGUGGUCAUGGGUAGCCCAAAAUACGGAAUUCACUCGUUAAAAUGUUUUCAUUUACUUUAAUACUUUAGCUAAUUUUUUAAACGACAACAGCAAUCAUAGUUAAUUUUUUUUGGAGCAUGUGACUACAAAUUAUUUAUUCCCUCUUACAUACAGUGCAUACUCGGUACCUACUAUAUCUGUAUAUUCCUAUAGAUUGCUUGUUAUACGGAUUCUUGUAGUUGCACACGCAAAUGCAAGCCCAGCAGGACCCUUGUAAAGCAAUUAGGCGUAAGACUGUAGACUAAUAAGUACUAAUACUAAUAAAUUGUGCGUGGUUGGCAGCCCUUUGGGUCCUUUUUAAGAUGCAUGAGUAGGCAAGAGGAUUGGGAAAGAAGCCAGAAAGCCAGAAAGCAUGACACGUAGUGGUUAGGCUAAUGUAUUUUCAUUUAACUUGUGAUAAAUAUUUACAGCUGAAUUUAUGUAUUAUUAUAUGUGCAAAAGUCUCUUCAAAAUCAUAUCCUUAUCUAGCUCCUUUUCACGAAUAUCGCAAUAUAUUUUUAUCUUUCUAUUAAGAGUGUUUUUGUCAAACCAUUGUCAAGUUAUUUGAUUAUCCCUGGAAUUGGGUGCAUUCAAAUAGAUACGUUCUUUCGUACAUAUUACUACCCCUUUCUUUCAUUCCACUUCAUUCUGCUACACCUAAGUAUUUAGUAUUUAGUACCACAGCUAAGAUUAGUAGUGGCAGUUUUAGACUUUUAGAGUACAAGCAGAAGAUAUUGCAUACUGAUGUAUGCUAAGAAUUUAUCAUAUUAUUUAAGUUUUAUACUAGUAGCAUUCUGUAUAUCAUGCACAUCCUUUUGAAUUGUUAGUCUUGGUAAUGGAUAAUGAAUACGAUACCGGAUUGGAUCAACUGAUAGAAGUCAAUGAGAAAACGUAUAAAGUGAGGAGCUGGCAGCGAAUAUACAUAGACAUAGAUAAGACGAUAUUAUUGCCAAUACUUAGCCGCGUUCUUCAUACAAAACCAACUUAACUAAAUCGACGUGCAAGCCAAUCGAAUGUUCGAAGUUUAUCACGUAAGAUAUGAUUAUGCGAAAGUAUUAAGGGGAUUUGAAAUGCAAUAAUUAAAGCGACAUUGAUAAGCGAUUCGGUUUGCUAACAAACAAACGAAUACAUAUAUGUAUCAUAUAAGGACAUCAAAAAUAAAUAGUAAACUCUUCACAGCAGGGCGCAAUGUAUGAAACAUCUUGACGAAACGAGUGAAUUAAGUAUUUUGUGCUAAUGAUUGUAAGAACCUACACCUAUGUAUGUAUGUAUGAAUGUACGUUGUAUGUCUAUAAUAAAGUUUAAUAUUUAAAUCACAA